AUGGUUCUUAAGCCGGGGUGCCUUGCCCACUGGGCAGAGUCUACAAGAUGUCUCAGCAUCCUGGUACCUCUGUGUUUUGCAGUGAUCAGGGCCAAAGCGGUCAGCGAGAAGGAAGUGGACUCCGGGAAUGACAUCUACGGCAACCCUAUCAAGAGGAUCCAGUAUGAGAUCAAGCAGAUAAAGAUGUUCAAAGGACCCGAGAAAGACAUAGAGUUUAUCUACACGGCCCCAUCCUCAGCCGUGUGCGGGGUCUCGCUGGAUGUUGGAGGGAAGAAGGAAUAUCUCAUUGCAGGAAAGGCUGAGGGGGAUGGCAAGAUGCACAUCACCCUGUGUGACUUCAUCGUGCCCUGGGACACCCUGAGUACUACCCAGAAGAAGAGCCUGAACCACAGGUACCAGAUGGGCUGCGAGUGCAAGAUCACACGCUGUCCCAUGAUCCCCUGCUACAUCUCCUCUCCGGAUGAGUGCCUCUGGAUGGACUGGGUCACAGAGAAGAACAUCAAUGGGCUUCAGGCCAAGUUCUUCGCCUGCAUCAAGAGAAGCGAUGGGUCGUGCGCGUGGUACCGCGGGGCGGCGCCUCCCAAGCAGGAGUUUCUCGACAUUGAGGACCCAUAAUUGGGCCAACAGCACCCCCCCUUCCCCCUGUGGCCGAUUGAAAAGCCUCCAAGGGUUUCGACUGGUCCAGCUCUGACAUCCCGUCCUGCAAUCAGCAUGAGUAAAAAAAUCAUCUUCCGAGUAGGUCCCACACAAGUGGGGUUCUGCCCAUUCCCUCCUUUCCUCUAAACAUGGCUGUGGGUCUGGGGGGCGGGGGGGACAGGUCCCUCCUACACCGCCUCCAUCUGCCAACCUGGGCACCCAUGUGUCUCAGCCUUCUGUCCUUGGGUUCAGCCCUCCCAGAUGCCAAGCAGGCAGCACUUGGGGGUCCCCCAAGCCCAGUUAGGGCAGAGCCUGGAAAUGUGCAUUUUUGCAGAAACGUUUGAGGGUCGUUGCAAGACUGUGUAGCAGGCCUACCAGGUCCUGCUCCUCCCGAGAGGGGCGUGGCCCUUGCUUUCUGCGGCCGCGGCCAACCCUCUGGCCUAGGGUGACAGUCCCAGGCCCUUGUAAGUGCAUUCCAUCUCCUUCGUGCCCGUCACAGGCUCCCAGCAUCCGUGACCCCCUCAAGCCGGGAGUGACCCUGGAAGCACCCCCCACCCCCCGAAACCGCCGAGACCUGUGCAUCUGCAGGGCUCCGGUGGAGCCUCCCUCAGGCCUGGUGGAGACUAGAGGCUUCGAGAACCAGGUUUUCUCUUCAGCCAAGUCAUUUUCGACCCAUUCCUCCCAUGAGUCACAGCUCCUAGAGGGGAACUCCACGCUGAGGGCUGCACUGGGGCGGGCGAGGGGCUGGCUGUCCUUGUAGCUCAUGCCUAAGCAGCUCAAGUCACUCACACCCCACUUCCAGCUGGCGUCAAGUGGCUGGAUUGAGCCACGUGGCUCUGCUAUCCCCUGGUGGUGUGCAGCCAUCCCCUCUUCCCCUCCCCCCCCAUGUGUGUGGACACUGCCCCCAGAGGCUUAGUGACAUCUCCCUCUAAGCCUUAUGGUCACUAUUCUGUGAGUGGCUUUCUGCCAGUGUCUUAGUGGAGUGUAGUAAGGCCUGCCCAGGCAGGAUGGGGAGGCCUCCCUGUCGGCCCUGGGCCUUCUCUCUGAGCCCCCAGAAUUCUGUGGCCUGUUUCAAAAGACAUCUCAUGUUUCUAAGGGUGAAUUUUCCUAUGGCGUAGGGAUCUGAGUUGCAGGUUAGAACAGGCUAUGUCCAUUUCCUAUCGCCACAGUGAUGACCCACUUUUUUUUUUAAAGACACCUUCCGGGUAACAGGGGACCCACAGCUCCCCUAAAGAUGGUCUUUUGAUGCCAAUACCAUGAGAGGUUGCUCAAUUACAAUUCCGAUCAUCUCUUUUUACCUCUGACUGGGGUUGAAAAGACAAACUGUUUCAAGGACCCCCACGCGCAUGGCGCUGACGUCCAGGUGCCGCGGCAGUGAUGAGGACAGGCUUGGAGUGGUCCUUCUGCAGAAUCCUUGCAACGACCCCCAUCUCCAGAUCACCCCCCACCCUGCCCCAAGCAACUCACCAUAAGACUCCUGACUCCCCCCGGGCGGUGCACAGCCCCCGCACCACGGGACCUGGUCAGCAUAGAAACUGAUGACUUCCCCUCAUAGGAGACUGGGAGAAAAUCCAGGAAUCAGCCCCUAACCCUGCCCACCCCCACCCCCAGGGAGUUUUCAUGCUGUACAGAGACCUAGAGUUGGUAAGAUGUCAUAAUGGAUCAGUCCAUGUGAUUUCAGUAUAUAGACCACACCGACCCUCUGGUCCAUAGAACACCCCACCCUGUUUGCUUCCCAUAUGGUGAUCACAUGUAACAAUUGCUCCUAUUUCUGCUGACUUCCUCGAUGUUUCGUUGUUUUUGUUUUUUGUUUUUGACAUCGCUGUAAUCAUUCCUGUGCUGUUUUAUUUUUGAAUUACCUUUGGUAGGUGUUAGACUUGCACUUUUUAAACAGGGUCUCUGCAUCGUGGAAGCAUUUGACCCACAGUGGAAGGCGUGGUGUGGUCCCCGGCCUGUGACAGUGGACCCCUUCCCAUCUUUUCCUUUACUUCUUUGAGCAUUUGCUCGUAUCUUCCCAUCUUUUGUCCUCUGGUUCACAGUAUUACAAAGUCAGCUGGUUCAUAAACAUGGCCUUUCUAUUUGAUCCAUGCACCUUGAUUUUCGAACCAUGCUGAGCGGAAAGCAAACAGGCAACCACAGAUCAGGACACCACGCCUGCAGCAGCCCAGGCCGGCCACGCCAUACCUUCACAGCCAACAAUUGUAAUAUAUAGUCUAAGAAGCAGUCUCCAUUUGGCAUUGUUUAAUUUAUACGUUCUGAGCACUCCUCCUCCUCUAUUUUUAUCAUGCAAGCAACUCAAAAUAUUUAAAAUGAAGUUUACAUUGUAGUUGUUUCCAAAUCUUUGCUUGAUAAGUAUUAAGAAAUAUCUGUGAGCUUACUGCUAUAAUUUAAAGCUUUGUUGAUUUUGUUUUUUGUUUGGAUUUUUUCUGUUGUUGGUGGAUGGGGGGAGAACAAUGUAUUCAUGCUGGAAUAUGAAGUCUGAGACCCCCCCUACCCCACCCCGUGCUGGGAACACGUGAGAGUCGUUUAGAGUCAACAAGCACACUGCGCUUGUCUCUCAUGCUUUGUAUCAUUUUUGAGUGAUCGCUCUGUCAAUCGACAAUAAACAAUAUUAUCAAUGAGAA